ACUGGCCACACUGGGAAAUUUUCAUAUAAACAUAAAAAUAAGAUGCUUCCUGGCGUUGGCGUAUUCGGAACAGGUGAAAUCGCCAAUGUCCUUGUGCCACUACUCCGAGAGAAGGGUUUCGAAGUUAAAGCGAUAUGGGGACGCACACUAAGAGAGGCCAAGGAGACGGCAAACGCACAGAACGUCGCCUUCUACACAAACGUCAUAGACGAAGUGCUCCUGCGCAAAGACGUCGAUUUGGUAUUCAUAGUGUGUCAGCCGUUUCUGCACGCUGAGAUCUCAGUGAAGGCACUGGGCAUUGGAAAGCAUGUCGUGUGCGAUAAACCUGCUGGCCUUCAUCAGUCAGACUCUAUGAAAAUGGUGCGUGCAGCCCAGUAUUACCCGACACUCAUCUCACUGGUGAAUCAUCCACUCCGGUUUCUGCCUGCCUUUACGCAAAUGCGACGUUGUCUACAGGAUGGACUUAUCGGAUCGCUGGGUGAGGUGGUACUGAUGGAUGUGCGUGUACAAAUGGGCACACUGUUCCCUGAAAAGUAUAACUGGAUGUGCGAUGCUCAGAUGGGCGGUGGUGCAUUGAAUCUGGUUGGCAGUGUCGUGGACCUCGUUCACUUUCUGUCGCAACAGCAGGCGAUUCGUGUUCACGGCGUCCUGAGAGCCUACACUAAAACAACGCCAUCCAUCAAUGGCAUACGCCAAAUAACAGCGCCAGACUUUUGCAAUUUUCAAAUGGAGCUGGCGAGUGGCACGCUCGUCACGGUGGCCCUACAUAGUCACACAGUGCCGACAAAGAGCUUUUCCCAAGAGGUGCUUGUCUAUGGCAGCAAGGGGCAUCUGGUGGUACGCGGCGGUGAUCUGUUCGUACUUAAGGAGUCCCAGCAAAAGGAGGAAGCUGUCUACGUAGAUGUUCAGGACUUGCAUGUUUCCACAAACAAUUCGUUGCUGCCACGGCCCUAUAUCAAAGGACUAUGUAAAAUGGUAGGCGCUCUCAAGGAAGCCUUCAACAGCAAAGAAUCCAGCUGGAUAAAGGCGCCUGUCUCCACCGCAGCCACCUUCGAGGAUGGCCUCUAUGUGCAAGCUGUCGUCGAGGCUAUACGCAAAUCGAAUGAAACACGUCAAUGGCAACGCGUCCAGUUGACCACAGAUGUGCCUCUAAACCAUGACCAGAUUAUAAGAUAUGGAUAUGCGCGAAUGUCCACUAUGUGAAUUAUUUUCGCUGUAUUCUUCAAAACGCCUUUCCACCAUUAAUGUAUUUAACUUAUUAUUUUCAGCAUUUAUAUUUUGCAUUAAUAAA